GUCAGACUUGGCAACCUUGCAGCGUCGAGCUCUCUGUCGUAGUUCGAGGGCUAGGCUAGCUGUCUGGAGUGUUCCAGAUGUUUAUUGUAUAUUAGAAGGGAGUUUGCCUCGAGCUUUUUACAUCUCAAGGGAAAUCUCAAUGAUGGGAAAGAGCGCGAGCCGCUCAUGUACCUGUCCUGCAGCGCGCGUGCUUACUUCUUCGUCUGAAGCAAAGCUGAAGCUAGCCUGUUAGCCUGCGCGCGACCUAUCUUCAGCUGUACAAACACUGACCCCAAAAUGGUGUUCUUGCUAAACCCUCUGGAGAACCUGAAGACCUACAUAAGCAACCGUCCACCGCUGGUCAUAUUUAUGGUCAGUGUAAGCGCCGUGGCCAUUACGUUCCUCACGGUCGGAUAUUUCUUCAAGAUCAAGGAAAUUAAAUCGCCUGAAAUGACAGAGGACUGGAACACCUUUCUGCUACGUUUUAACGAGCUGGACUUCUGCAUCUCGGAGAACGAGACACUCAAGCAUGGCCUGAACGAGUCGACGACACCGGAGAGCACGGUGACGAGUAGCCAGUCACGCACCAGCACUCAAGCGCCAUUGCUGCUGGAGGACCCAGGUCCUAUUAACAUCUCCGUCACCAUUACUCUCACCCUGGAUCCUCUGAAGCCGUUCGGCGGUUACUCGCGCAACAUCACCCACCUGUACUCCACCGUGAUGGGCCAUCAGGUUGGCCUGGCUGGCAGGGAAGCUCACGAAGAGAUGAACAUUACUUUCACCCUGCCUGCAUCCUGGAACUCGGACGACUGCGUCCUGCACGGACGUUGCGAGCAGGUGGUCUUUAGCACCUGCAUGACCGUUACUGCCGUCAGUAACGUCUUCCCCGUCACAGUGCAACCGCCUCACUGUGUUCCGGAGACGUACAGCAACGCAACAUCCUGGUACAAGAUCUUCACCACAGCGCGGGACUCGGACACCAAGUACACACAGGACUACAACCCUUUUUGGUGUUACAAAGGCGCCGUCGGGAAGGUGUACCACACUCUGAACCCUAAACUCACAGUCAUCGUGCCAGAAGACGAUCGCUCUCUCAUCAACCUGCACCUAAUGCACACCAGUUACUUUCUGUUUGUGAUGGUGAUUACAAUGUUCUGCUAUGCAGUCAUUAAAGGUAGACCUGGCAAAGUAAGACAGAACAACCCGGAUUUCUGUCCAGAAAAGGUAGCUUUGUCAGAGGGAUAAGAACGAUCCUAGGUGAAUAUAUGGACUGAACUCGUUCAGCGUCAGACUGGAAUGAACCAUAUCGGAAGUGGAGGAGGGGCUGGGAAUGGAAAAAAAAACAAACAAACAACUUGUCGCCUAUUGAACCCAGGAGGAAGGUGACGACAAACUGUGAUGCGAAUCUCUGCAAUGUUGGGUCACUCCAACCAAAGACUUUCAAGUGCCUGUAUCUACUGUGUAAAUGCUUGUAGGACCCUUAUAUUCAGUACGGAAGCACUUUGCCUAAACUACCCCCUUCCCCCUGUGCCACAAAAUAUGUGAAGAAAAGAGACAGAACUUAUGUGUAUUAUCAUUCAAACAUCACGCCUGAUUAUUUUUUUUCCCAGCACCUUUUUUUGUCGGUCGCACACAGAAUAUCCCACUCUCUUAUUCCUAAUGAUAAUUAUCCAUAGCGUUACUGACUGUGUUUUCUUUUUUCAAGCUUGUUUGGUGGCAUGAUCAGAUUUCAGAUAGACUAGUGUCUAGAGAAUGGCCUGGAAAGCCAGUAGACCGCGAGGCGAUGAUUUCUAAACUAGAUUUAUUAUUUUUUACACUGAUUUUUGCCUUUUUUUGUUGUACAUUUAAAGCGUGUAUGUGUGCAACCUAGAUGCCAGUAGGUGCAAGGGUCAUUCAAUAAAAGGAAAAAACAAAACAAAAAAAGAUUCCAAGGCCUGAAAGACAGAACACAUUUCUUCUUUAGGAUUUGGCUGGACGAUGCUCCUUUCAACACUGACGUGGAAAGAGCCGUCGUUGAUGGAUUCUCAGAUUCAUUAGGACUGAUUCAUCUCACCUCAGAUUUUCACGGUGGUUCACGUACAGGUAGACUAAAUGAAUGUACAGCAUUCAUGGAAAUCACACGUACAAUUACACUUAUUUAAAAUGUGAUGUAAAAAAAAAAAAAAAAAAAAACGACGUAGUUGUAUCAUAUGUAAUCUAUUACCUCAAACAUUAUUGCUUCAUUUUAUCUGGACAUGAAAUAGCUUACAUUUUUAUGAUUCAGAAAUUCUUUCCUGUUGUGCGUUACAUAUCACACAUUUGUGUUUAAACCUUUUUGCCUGUUGCCUAAUUCCACAUAGGAAAUGCGAUAUCAUUCUGUAACACAUCAUCGUCCAUGUUUGUGUUUUCACAUCCGACAGUGCAAUUAUUCAAUUAAUCACCCGUGUAGAAAAUGUCAACGAUUAACAUCAAUUAGAAAGAGGAAGAUUCACAUGUAUGGCGGUUUCCACAGCUUUUGCUUCUGCCUCGCUGCUUCAUUUUUCUUUUCACCUGCUCUCACAGUAGAUCGUCUUAACGUCCGUUUAAUUUUGCUUACGAGUCAGGAUUAAUGCCCGACCUUUUUUGCUUUUACCAGAUGUUUACUCAUCUUUAGAAAGCGCCGGGGCGGAGGCCUGUAAGUGCAAAACACAUUAACCAAAGCUAAAACACAACCACAAAUCAGCAGCAUAUCAACAUUGAUUGGCUACAGAUUGGCUCAUCGGCCCGAGAGGCCCGGAAAACGGUAAUCGGAAAAUACGAGUCUAAAUGAAUCUACUGAUGGUUUUUUUUCCGAGUUUAAUUUUAUCAAGGGCAUUCAUCUAGGGUUUUUAUUUAUGCUGUUAACGUUGCAUGGCAUUAAUAUGUGUACGCUGAAGACUCGCCUAAAGGAAGCAGCGUUUUUCAGAAGAACGUAUUCUUCCCUAGAACAGCUUAAGUAAUGUCACGUUUUAAUUAUUUUUUGGAGUUUUUUUCCCUUAAUAGUAAUAGUCACACUCAUACCCUGUGCCCAAUCAGCAACAAGCAUAUGAAGAACCAUUUUGAGUUGACGUGUUUCUGAUUUUGCCUUCAUCUAACAAAAGCACCCUUUUUCAUUUGGUCUCGUCUUUAUCACUGGCCGUUCACAAACACGUGCUGUUGAACCACUAACGUGCCUUUGCAUUAAUCAUCCAUGGAAACAGCACGCCCCACUUCAAACACCAGAACUAAACAUAACAAUAUUUCGAUAAAUUAGUUUCAUAAACAAAUAACAGGUCAAAUAAACGUGUUUUCAGAUUCUGACAUACUUUAGUUUUGCUUAGUUGUUGGGUUUUUUUGUUGUUGUUGUUGUUGUUGAUUUGGUUUUUCAUUAGAAAACCAAACGCCAGUUUAGUUAAGAUUAAUUCCGCUAUAUAAAAAGGAUAUGUGUCAGAAAAGCAAUACUUCAUAUCUAAGGUGUUUCUUUUUUCUUUUUAAUGUAUUGUUUAAUAUAAACAAAUUGCUCAGUUUUAUGAUGAUAGAAACGUGAGUUUUUAAUUCAAAUCAUUUUUAAUGCGACUCCAAAAAAAAAAAAGGUAGGUAAGUUUAGAAAAGUUGUUUAAAAAAAGGAAAAAGCGUGGAGGGUAAAGUUAUAAAGGUUCUGUUGGAUAUUUUCUUGGUGCAGUGGAAAUGUGUAAUGGGUUUUCUGAACGCUCCCUGUUUUUUUUGUUUGUUUUUUUUGGAUCAUAUUGAUCUGUCCCCUUGUUUACCUUUGAGUGAGAUGUAUUCAUUACACAAUUCCCAAGUUUGAAUUCUAUCUUUAUGCCCUUAACAUAGGUUGCUCUUCACAAGUGCGUGAUGCCAUUGCAAUCCUUUCACGUCUUAAUGCAUGAUUGUAAAUGUCCUAACUGCUGACCAGUCCCUUAGAAUACAAUCCCAUUGUUUCUGUGCUGUUUGUAAAUGACUGUAGGCACACGCUUCGCUGAAUAAAAAUCAACCUAGAAAAAU